CUGCACUACAGCCACACAUCUGAACGCUUUUUCAGACAGCGGUAUUAGGACCGCUCGGAAUCCUACAGAUCUGUCUCUGUGUCGUAGAGCUGUGACAAGCUAACUAUAUGAUGCUAAGUUAGCUAGUUGUUGAUAGCGUUGCUCUUUGGAACUGGUCAUGAGAUAGGGGGCAGUUAGUGUGUUUGUUUGUGUGGCUAAUUCUUAUUUAGCCACCUCUCUUGCCAUUCACAAACACGCAACGCAGCGAGGCCCUUGGAAAUAACGAACAGCUAACUCGUCUGAACAUUUUAUUUUUGUAAGCGGACACCUGGCCAACGUUGUCCAACUCGCUGUCUUGCUAACGUCAGUUAUUUCGGGGUAGCCUUGCAAGCAGCUCGAAAAGUAGCAUAGGUGGCUAUGUCAAACGGACCACGAUAUUUAAAGAUGAAUGGCUUAUGUAUGAAUGAGGGGAUAGAGGGGACAGAAAGGUUUGCCAGCCCGGGAAAGGGCAGGGGACUCCGGGCUUUGAAGCACUUCGCUGUCGGAGACCUCGUGUUCGCCUGUCCUGCAUAUUCCUACGUGCUUACUGCAAAUGAAAGAGGAGCGCACUGUGAAUACUGCUUCACCAGGAAGGAAGGUCUGUCCAAAUGUGGCAAAUGCAAACAAGCAUACUACUGUGAAGUGGACUGCCAGAAGGGAGACUGGCCCAUGCACAAGCUGGAGUGUACCGCCAUGUGUUCAUAUGGAGAGAACUGGUGUCCCUCCGAGACUGUGCGACUGGUGGCCAGGAUUCUCAUGAAGCAGAAGGUCACAACGGAGAGGACCCAGUCAGAGAGGCUGUUACUGCUCAGCGAGUUUGAAGCCCACCUUGAUAAAUUGGACAAUGAGAAGAAUGAGAUGAACCAAACGGAUAUAGCAGCACUGCAUCACUUCUACUCCAGACACAUAGACUUCCCUGAUGACCAAACUCUCACUGUGCUCUUUGGACAGGUCAACUGUAAUGGUUUUACCAUAGAAGACGAGGAGUUAUCUCACCUUGGCUCCGCUGUCUUCCCUGACGUGGCGCUGAUGAACCACAGCUGCAGUCCGAAUGUCAUCGUCACCUACAAGGGCACCGUGGCGGAGGUCCGGGCCGUUCAGGACAUCCAGCCUGGUGACGAGAUCUUCAACAGUUAUAUUGACCUUCUCUACCCGACAGACGACAGGAAUGACAGACUAAGAGAGUCCUACUUCUUCACCUGUGUGUGUGAUGAAUGUACCACCAGGUCUAAGGACGGUGCUAAGAUGGAGCUUCGUAAGUUGAAAUCUCCCCCCGAGCCUGAGGAGGUCAGGAAAAUGGUUCGCUACGCCAGGAAUGUUAUUGAAGAGUUCCGUAGAGCCAAGCACUACAAGACCCCAAGUGAGCUGCUGGAGAUCUGCGAGUUGAGCCAGGAGAAGAUGGGCUCCAUAUUUGCAGACACUAACGUGUAUAUGCUGCACAUGAUGUACCAGGCCAUGGGGGUGUGUCUCUACAUGCAGGACUGGGAUGGAGCAGUGAGCUAUGGGGAGAAGAUCAUACAACCUUACAGUGUUCACUACCCAGCCUAUUCCCUGAACGUGGCCUCAAUGUACCUGAAACUCGGCAGACUGUACCUUGGACUGGAGAGGAAGAGACAGGGAGUCAAGGCCUUAAAGAAGGCGAUCGCCAUUAUGGAAGUGGCUCAUGGGAAGGAUCACCACUACGUCACAGAGGUUCAGCGAGAAGUGAAAGAGCUCAAGUAAGGAGAGAAGGAUGAAGCAGUGAUGAGACGAAAGAGGUGGAGGGGAAGGAGUUAGCUGGAGGAGUGAGGAUGAAGACGAACCCACAGGAUUUUCCCCAAAAACAAAACAGAAACAUGAAAACUGAAAAUGGCGAGCAUCUACUGGUCUCCAUGUCUCUCCCUCUCUGUCUUUUCCCCUGUCUCUUCCAUCACUCCUAUUGGGUGUGUUGAAAGUCAUCAAUUCAGGUUUUUAAUAUCUGACAGUCAGGCCCGGUUUACCGGUCAGUGAAUGCAGACGGUGUGGUUCAAAUAUUUCUGUUAAACAGUUGUUUUUGAUGAUUGGGCAGCUCUUAAGGUACCAGUGGUAUGGGACCAGGCACUGUGAGGUCUGGGAUCAUGAGGAAGGCAUGUUAUGUGUUGUUAUGAGAUGCAACGUUGCUUUAAAGGGCAAUGAUACUUGGUCUUUUGUUUUUUUUUGGGGGGGGGGGGGGGGUUCCUCUCAUAUACAAUGUAGCAAUUUGACGGGACGGUGCACAAAAUAAUUCUACAUUUGUUGUGAAAAAAUUUCCAAAACGCAUUAUAUUCUUUGCCUUGUUGGAAAUCUGUUUGUCCCUUUGCCUGUUUUUUAAAAAUCUGAAGUGUUGCAUGUGUUCUAUGGUUGGGGAAUGAUAUGCUGUUUCUGUCUGGCCUCAAAGGAAGCAGGCUUUGGCUGGAUUUCCAUUUCAAUCUCAAAUCCAAACCAAAUUCUAAAUCUUUGUUUUAUAAGCAUGGAUGAGAAUUGGAAUCAAAAUGUUAGUGUACUUUCUGAAUUGAUGGGAAUUUAAAUGGUAUUUAGGACUACCCUAAAGGGAAGUCAUUUGAACUCCAGUCUUGUGAAACCCUCACUGAUUCUCAUUCUCUGGACUGUGUCCAUUAAGUCCACUCCUGCAAAGCCAGCUGGUUCUCGUUCCGCUCCUGAUUAAAUAAAGAUCAACGGGCUAAGUGGAUCAGAAAGCAUUUUAAAGUAGGAGUGCUAAAUGUAGCAUCAGUUUUGCUUAUUUUGUCCUGGGGGGGGUUGAUCCGAGAUCAACACUACCUGCAAUUGUUUCCAUGGUGAGGAUGAGGAGGGUGGAUUAGGCACUCCUUCACCACCUAUGUGUGUGGCCCCUGGCCUCAAAACAUUCACCACACAUCAGCUAUCAGGAAGAAAGCGCUGAGAGAGAUCUUUUGUUUGGAGCCCAUGUCCAGGGGGAGGGGCUUAACAGUGCUAACACCACUCUAGUUGCUAGAAGCAACAUCGCAGACACGGCUAGGAGUUUCUCUCAUAACCUAAGGUCAGAGCCCUCCAGACACAGUUCUCAGCUUUGAUUUAUUUUAAUAUAGAGUUGCGGGCGAACAUGGUCUUAAUGUAAGGUGAAAGGUUAGUGGUAAUGGAUAUUGUAAAAAGGAAAAUACGUUAUGUUGUUUACAUUGAUUGUGAUGUUUUGAGAUACGUGUUUAGUUAAAAACAGGAGGAAGCGUGGAUUGGGGCAGAUUGGACUGAGUGUGUUGAACUUGACCACCUCUAAACUUUAGGAGCUAUCCCAGAGCUAGCACACCUGAAUCAACUUAUUACCUAAUUAACAAACCCUUACCUGUUGAGUCAGGUGAGCUAGCUCUGGGAUACAUCUAAUUGGUGGAAUGGCUGGGGGCCCCCAGGAGAGGGUUGGCUGGGGGCCCCCAGGAGAGGGUUGGGAACCACUGAUGUAGAUGACCAUGUCACUUAGUGAUGGAAAAGAGGGUACAGCUUUUUCAUUUGACCCCAGAAGAUGGUCUUUCAUCUGUUGAAUAGAAAAUCAGUGUUUUUGUAAGCACUUUUGUAUGUAGCUAAAAUCAUUUCUGGGUGGAAGAAACAUUAAGACAUUGUACUGUUUCUGCACAUAUAUUAUGGAGUUUGAUUUUGAAAUGCAAAACCUCUAUACUGUUCUUUUAACCAUUAGGGUUUUGAACACAUCACAGCUGACCUUGGAUCUGUGCUUAUUUUCUAUGGCAGCUUAAUCUCUCUUAGAUAUUUCCUGUGGUGAGUUUGAUCAUUACUGUUUUCAUGUUGUUUCAAUGUUAGUUUGGUUUUAGUGUCCCUGACAUCAGGGAUGGACACAACCAGUUGAAUGUUUUUCUGUGACAUUCAGGAGGACAACUUGUAAAAAAUAAAAGACUUGGAAUUCUA